AACACGACUCAUUUAUGUAGUGAAAGCUGAAUUUGCAUGUUUUGCAAUAGAGAACAAAAUCGGAAGAGAUGGGAGUUAAUAUAAUAGGCUGAAACAUUAUGCCCAAGAUGGACGACCUCACUGAGCUCCAAUGGGAGAUGAAGUGCCUCCGAAAGGCGGACAGAUAACCCCGAUCAUGCGUCAGUGCGUUUGCGAUCACUCACCUGAACAGGAAGACUCGACGCAGCACAGCGCAGCAACAGGGCCUGUCGUCCUGUCUGUGAUUGAGACUGAAAGAAGGUAUUCAAAAAUGGACCAUCCACAAGCUUUAGAGCUCACGUGCCCCAUCUGCUUACAGCUCUUCUCGGAGCCCGCUUCUCUUCCCUGUGGUCACAUCUAUUGCCUUGCCUGCCUUCAGACCAUGGGAGAAGGCCUUGACCAACACAGCUGCCCUGAAUGCCAGGCAGAGUACCAGGGAACCAACGCCUUGGUGAAAAGCCUCAAAAUGAGCAGCAUCAUAGAGACCUACAAAGCCAAUGCUGGGAAAGUCAAUUCCACUGGCAACCCUUCUGAUGGGGACCUUUCAAAGAUCAAGAGGGUUGGUAACUCUCUUACAGACAAAUCAAACACAAAAAGCCACCAGGACACAGAACCGUCUGGAGCAAGCCGGGCGGAGGGCGCAGUGUGUGAGGGAAAGCACGGCUUUCAAAGUGGGUCUGGAUCCACGGAGCGGUCCUUUCCGUUGGGUCAACAACAAGGGGGUGGCAAGGGCAAGACUGAAAUGGACGAACCUAAAUUUAGAAUGGCUUCUCAAGUUACAGAGUUGAGCCUCAAGUUGGAGAUGUCCGAGAGUGUGCUGAGGAAGGAGAAGGAAUGCGAGCUGGAGCUGUCCACUGCUAACGGUCAGCUGAGAGAGAAAGCGCGCAGACUUUUAGGGCAGAUAGCGGAGUUGUCGCGGAGCUACACCGCGCAGGUGAUGCAGCUUAUAGAAGAAGAGCUAGGUCCGGGCGAGGCGAGCGUAGGCGGUCGGGUCAGCCAAGCCGCCGACCUGACGAAUCAGCUGAGACAAGCGAUGCUCAGGGCGGAGUCCCUCCUGACUGAGGACGAUGAGGCUGCGUUUCGCGACGAGCUUCAGACUCUACAGCCACUCUUCGCGGAACUGAUGGCGAGGCCGGUGGGAGAAGAGGACGACCACCACGUGGCAUCGAAGCUCAACUCUGCACGCGCCUGUCCCAAGCUGGAGGAAAUGAACGCCGCGUUUCGGGAAAGAUCUGGCGAGAUCCAGCGCUCCCUUCGAAACACCAUCAACCCUUCAGAGGUGACCUUUGACCCGGACACAGCCCACCCCAACCUGGUCCUCUCAAGGGACUUGAAGACGGUGACUUUCAGCACUACCAAGCAGCCCUACCCAUCGUCGCCCCAGAGGUUCACCAACUUCUUCCAGGUCCUCAGCAGCCAGAGCUUCCAUGACGGCGAACAUUGCUGGGAGAUGGAGCUCGAUGGCUCCCCGUGGAUCGUUGGUUUGUGCUACAGCGGAAAGCUAGCGCGCAGCGGGUUGCCCUCGGCUGUGGAAAGCAGCCGAUGCUCCUGGUGUCUGAUGUGGUUCAACAACUUGCUCACGGCCUUUGAGCAGGGUCACGAUGUGCCGCUGAAGAAGACCACAGUGUCGCGCAGGCUGGAGAUCAGACUGAGUUUCAAGACCCACAGGCUGAGCUUCUACAACGUGAGCCCCAGCAGCGGGAAGACUCACGUGUACACGUUUAAGGCUAACCUGACUGAACCAGUGCGCCUGGCCUACAGGAUGAUGUCAGGGAACCCUCAAGGCCGUGUCACUAUUUAUUCAUAAUCAGAACUGUAUUUCUAUCAACUGUGUAUCCUUACCAAAUGUGAUGCAGAAAGAGAACAUUUAUUUUAUAUAAGUCUUAUGUUGUGUCUUGAUACCUGAUCACCCACACACUUUUGCCUCAUAUGUGUGAGGCUUGUGUGAUUACAUAUGAUCAUUUCUAAAAUCUACAUAUAAUAUACAUAUAUAAUAAAUAUAAAUGUGACUGUUGUUGCAGUGUGCCUGCAACAUGCAAAAUAAUGUGCCAUAUAUUGUGUUUUAUGUUUUUUCAUUUCCAUCUUUAUGUCCAUCUCAAAAACAAAUAACAUUAAUUGGGGCUUUGUUAUAUUCCUGUGUUACACUAAGUAUCAGAGUGCUAACAUAACAAAACCAUGGGUCCUAAAUCAAAGCAGCUAAAUGGAGUUCAAACAUCAUCAAUUGAAUUAUUUGCACCUGCACCUUUCCUUUUGUGGAGGGUCAAAAUGUCCUCUGUGAAAAAGUGGUAUUCUAUUCCAAGCUUCAUCAUGUGUUCAUCAUAUUCAUAGUAUUACAUAAGAAGAUGACAAUCUCCCCUAACUUGUAUAAUACUUGCCUUGGCUUAAAUAAAUAUAAAAAACGAAACCUAAA